GGGUUCUGCUUAUUGCCACAUGCUCUGUGACAGGACGCCCCGCGUGGAGACAGCAGCCCGAUGACGUAGCAGCGACCGAUCAGAUCCGGCUGACUGCCCCCCCACCAGCAGAGGGUGGCGCAACCGACGGAGUAACAGGGCUGUUUCUAUGGUUGCUUUGAAUGAUUCCUCUUCUGACAUCAGUGGCAGCUUUGGUUCUUACUGACACCUUCAGGUCAGAGCUGGUGCGAACUGAGCAGAAGGCGCUCUUUCUACAGAAAUGCAAAAGGUGGAGGGACGUGUUACUCCUGUUAACGUGCCAUCCUCUAGGGGCCCAAGUGUUCCAGGGUCUCCAGCCCCUGGCAUCAUGGCUCGCCUGAAUGACCAGGUGGUGGGUUACAAAGACCUGGCGGCCCUACCCCGAGACAAAGCCAUACUACAGGUGGAGAGGCCUGAUCUGAUGACCUACCAGCCCCACCUGACUUUCUCCCCACUCGACCCACCACGCAGAGAGCGUUCUCUUUCCCCUCCUCCUAUGUCUCCCUCCAUGUCUCCUGAGGUAAAAGCUAGCAGAGCAGAGAGCGACGGCGGGUCACCUGGAGGAUCCACACUGCAGCUGCAGGCCGGACGCAAGAUUAGCACCAGCUUGCAGCAUUUCCAUCGACCAGACAAUGGCUCCAACAUCUACAGGAAGCCUCCCAUCUAUAAACAGGACCUUCACAAACACUCGGAGGGAAGCGGGGUCAUUCAGUCCGCCAAGUUUCCUGCCGCCCAGCCUCCAGACCCCAACCAGCCCUCCAAGAUUGAGACAGAAUACUGGCCCUGCCCGCCGUCACUGGCUGCCAUGGAGAUCGAGUGGAGGAAGAAAAAGCUGCAGGAGGAAGGUGAUCUGGAGGAGGAGACAGAAGAAGAGCAGCCGCAGCAGGAGCUGGAGAAGAUCAAGUCCAAUCUGGGCCGUUUGAUCCUGAAGGAGGAGAAGGAGAAAGGCGUUCCCAUCAAGAGGAAGACCCAAUCGCUGCCCGACAGAACCCACAUGCACACCACAGGCUUAUCAGCUGCUGCAUCCAAGUCCCCCUCACGCUCCGCCCUGACCAGAAUGCAGUCAGCAGAGUUCUCCACAGAUGGAGAUAAAGAAAAGCCAGCUGCUCAGAACGGAGAAGCCCGGAGAGAGCGGAUGGACAGAGGGAACUCCCUGCCGAGCAUUCUGGAGCAGAAGAUCUAUCCGUAUGAAGCCCUGAUUGUAACCCACAGAGGGCGCUGUAAGUUGCCCCCUGGAGUGGACCGGACUCGGCUGGAGAGGCAUCUCUCCCCGGAGCAGUUCCAGCAGAUCUUUGGGAUGCCCAUCGCUGACUUUGACCGCCUGUCGCUAUGGAGAAGAAACGAACUGAAGAAAAAAGCGUUGCUGUUCUAACAGGAAGUGACCUCUUCUCAACCAGUACUUGAUGAAGCCUGAAGCCCUUCCUCUGUAACGAGGAGAAGCAGAGAGCUACCGUAAUACCAACCUAUGUCCCUGGGAGGGUUCUGGAUCCGUACCUCUGAUGACCGUUCUGGUCAGACUUUAAACAUAAAACCAUCUGACAUAUUAUCAGUGCUGCACUUAUAACCACCACUGCUUGUAAACCAUUCCUGUCAUAUAUCCAACCGCACCGUUAACGUGACAUUAUUCUCACUGAGUAACGCCGCAAAGCUCAACAUCCGGAAGAGGAACCAGCGGAUUUCUUUAGGAUAAACUCACAUGUUUUUGGUACCAUGAAGCUGAUGCUAACCUGUGAGGCUGACUGCCUCCUGCUGGAGUCCCUGGGCAAGGCAGCGUAAAGUUAGGUGUUUUUGCCAUCAAUGGUGCUGUUAUGUUAUUCUGAUUGGAUGAUUAUUGAGAUGGCGGUCAGUUGUUUGGCACAGAAGGAGCAGCUUCUUCCCGUUCAGUGAUAUUGGUGUACCUAACAGUAGUUCACAAUUCCCACACUUUCCUUGGCUGGUCCUUUACAAUUUCUUUUUAAACAUUCAUCUUCGUACUAAAAUAUUCUUUCUGUCAUGAUUUGUGGACAUUAAGAUCUAAAGAGAAGCGCCAUCUCCUGGUCAGACCUUGUAACUCAGUGAAAGGGGUUCGCUCCAGUGGCUGGAAGUGUGAGGGGAAUUUGCUGGGAGUUGCAGGUUCUGCUGCCAUUGGUCCGGCGUUUGAAUGGGAAAGGCCAUUUUGAAUUGCUGCUACUGUAAAUCCCCAAAAGUGGAAGAAAGUAACAUGUAGUGUUUCCCUGCCAAUAAAUGUUAUAAAGCGUGUGAUGAAGGGUGACGAACACAAAGAACAGAGGAAGUCCAUCGUCUCCCCUCUUUUAUUUCAUCCAGGUUUUUUUCCUAAAUAUUUAUAACCCGACCAUUUAAGGUCAGAAACACAGAAACCUUAUUUCUUAACACUUUCAGGAUUGGGUAUUUUCAGUUUAGACUUUUUUUUGGAAAAGAACAACAUAAACUACUAGCCAAGGCUCCAUGGUGUUUGGCGGCCUGGUGGGCUUCGCUUCAGGAGACUUUUCUAUUCCCGUUUCUGUCUUGAAAAUACCACCUAUAUAGUUGCCUAAUCCAUAAACAGUCCUCUGCUUGUGUUGGAAUUUAGAAAAAAAUCAGGUUGGUUUGAUCUUUGAACAGGAGUCGCCAUCUCAGCCCGUUUUUCAAUAUGUGUACUUGGCAUUAGCCUUAGCCCUACUACUGUUCCAAUUGACAGUGCCAGUACCCGAUCCGUCCCGGAAGCACAUCCAUCCUGUGCAUGCGCAAAUAGAAUAACUUCCCGGUAGGCAAUACUUCAGUUUUCUUACUUUUUUUAUUCUUUUCUAUUUUUCCAGCGGGGAGUUCCUUUUUAACAUUUUGGUAUUUGCAUAAAUAUUGCAUAUUCU